AUGACCGACAUCGAAGAGACUGGUGACAAGAAACCGAGAUCGAAGCGUAAGAGUGUCAAGAACGUCAAGGCUGCCAAACUGAACAAAGUCACCAAGAGGCGGACGACGGCAGACUGCCGACCGCCCGCAUAUCGGCGACACUUUAAGGACCUGACUGCUGGUCACGUACACAUGCCUCACCACAAGUUCAAGAUCGAAAUGACCUGCGGCAACAUCACCACUAUGCAGCCCGGACGCUACAAGGAGCCAGCCGUCAUGUAUCCAUCUGCCGCCAGUGAUUCAGGGAUAGACAAUGGGGUUGUGCUGGACGACAUCAAGAUGAGUACGUUGAGCAUGGCGAGCCAUCAAACGUUUGGGAACUUUGAGCGCGUCAUCGGAGAGAUGACACAGAACAACAGGGAGUCCAGCAACACUAAGCUGGACCGGUCGCAGGUCAAGACCAUGCGGAUGCUGUGCGGGCACGGCCAAGGCACCUUCCACUGGAACGAUGCCAAAAGCCUCACCGUGGCCCUCGGCUUCGACGUGCUCAAGAAAGGAGGCUCGAGCUACACAAUUGCGUGGACCGAGAGGGUCCGGGUAUACGGUUGA